AUGCGUGGCAGCCAUGCCGUGAACCUGCGGCGCGUGCUCUCAUUGCCGACGGCCAGGCGUGAGACCUUUUUGUUCGGCCGGUAUCGUCCAGUUACUAGAAAGGAAAGCCCGAGUGACCUGUCCAUCAAUGAUGCAUCGCCACCUAAAGGGCCACCUGCUAGACCCCGUGCUGCCCGGCCUGGCCUAGAAAAGUCGACAAGACGAGAGGACGUUAAAGGCCGUGCGACAACACAGAAAUCGGUGGGAAAUGACUUUUCAAACAACAUACGUUGCGAUGAUCCACCCGCAAGGUAUGGGGGAUCAGCACCUACGGGUAGCCGGGGUGCAUUUCUGCUCCAGUCUUCCCAAAUCGCAGAUGGCAAGGUAUCACACAGUAUCUCCGGCCGGAUGAAUGCGUCGCUUGAUCGCAGUGAUAUCGCAUCUUCGGCACUUCCCUUGAUGGAAGGUGGGACGUCUCAUUUAUCGGUUGAGGAAGUUCUAGAUCGGCAGAUUCGGCAGAAUGUGUUUAACCUACCUGUGCCGCGGCUGCGCGUCUGGCUGUACAACAUGGACAUAGGAACCAUAGCACAAGUUGCACUGCGUAAUCUGUUUUCGGUCACCCCUUCCGCCGACAAGGUACUGGUGGCUGAAUCCGUGCUGGCGAACAGGGUCGGAUCUGAGGACGGGGUUAGGUCUUGCAGGGACGCGUUCCUUCUGCUUAAAUUACAGCGUGGUCUAUUGUCGUUAGGCAUAAGAUCUGAGCUUAAUUUGGAAGUGUACCGACCUUGCAUCCAACUGUUGAACUUUAAGAUCGGCAGUAUGCACAGUGAGCACGUGGUGCAGUUAUGUCAGACGCUUGCGUGGUUGUGGCAUCGCAUGUCUUUGGAUGGCAAACUGGGAGUUAUUAGGGACUGUCACGGUCUGAAGGAAACUGACGAUCUAUACGCCUCUCUUUACUCCCCACUAGUGACCUGUUUGGGGAGGGCCGCCUUGGAUAUCGGUCAAGAUACCGUUACCCGGCUGCUGGAUCUACUGGUUAUGCUGCAACACCAUCUGAGUAAGGAGAGCCUACUACGGCUACAUGAGAUUUCGUUCCUGAAGGUUAUCGAGUUCUCAGGUGCUCUUAGCCUAGACGCCGCGAUUAGUACGCUGCGUGCCUUGGAGCGCCUGGAGAGUAACUUGCCGAAGCCUUUCUACUUCAUCUGUAAGGAAGUGUUGGUCAAAUUCGGCAAAUCUGUUCACUACAAGGACUUCCACCUGGUAGUUCGGUGCCUGUCACGGUGCAGCAGCGUGGACCCACAGAGCCUGAACCGUAUUUUGUUGCUGUACAAAUCGCUUGUGACAGAUGCUGAGUCUUCCAAAUACUAUCCGUUGGAACGCUUCGUGGUGGCGGUUGUCUUGCGUGCUCUCGAAAUAGAGCCCGCUACCAACCAGGCUAAUUUGGAGCUUGGCGGAACGUACACUCCUACCUCAAGCAAGUCAACUACAGAGUUGACACCGUCAUCUUCGUGUUAUAUCACGGUGCCAAAGGGGUACCACCGGAAGGUGCAUUCGUUAAAAGACCUAGACCCGCUGAUAUCAUGGGUCAUAGUAAAACUGAAGAGUUCUGUAGACCCAUCAGUGCCAGUGAUGUGUGACUACAGCCACAUAAAGCGUCAUUACCGAUUGCGCGGCAGCCUACAGUUGUCCCUCACAAAUCUGCUGGGAUCGGCUGCCGGCCCGAACAGCAGCGAAUUGGCAACUUACUCGUAA